CCUGAAAGAGAAGCAACAUCACCGCCUUUUCCCUCCAGCAUCUUCACCAACCAUCACCGAACUCGGGUGGGAACACACAAGUACUCUCAGACUCUCCUCCGGUGUCCAGAGUUCCCCCACCUCCUCCUCAAAAUGUCCGUGGGCAGUGACUUUGGGAACCCUUUAAGAAAAUUCAAACUCGUCUUUCUGGGGGAACAAAGUGUUGGAAAGACGUCUCUGAUCACACGGUUCAUGUAUGACAGCUUUGACAACACAUAUCAGGCCACAAUUGGAAUUGACUUCCUGUCGAAAACCAUGUACUUGGAAGAUCGAACGGUGAGGUUGCAGCUUUGGGACACAGCAGGACAAGAGCGCUUCAGGAGCCUCAUUCCCAGUUAUAUACGGGACUCCACUGUGGCUGUGGUGGUCUACGACAUUACAAAUGUUAACUCGUUCCAGCAGACAACAAAAUGGAUUGACGAUGUGAGAACAGAGAGAGGAAGUGAUGUCAUCAUUAUGCUCGUCGGCAAUAAAACAGACCUGUCAGAUAAGAGGCAAAUCACAAUUGAGGAAGGUGAACAGAGGGCUAAAGAGCUGAGUGUCAUGUUCAUAGAGACUAGCGCCAAGACAGGUUACAACGUCAAACAGCUGUUUCGGCGUGUGGCAGCUGCUCUUCCAGGGAUGGAAAGUAUGCAAGAAACAAGCAAAGAAGGGAUGAUCGACAUCAAGUUGGACAAGCCACAGGAGCCCCAGACGACUGAAGGCGGCUGUUCCUGUUAAUACUCAGCACCUGUCCUGGGGAAAAAAAAGAAAAAAACAUCAUUUACACCACAUGCUUGUUAUGUUGCUUCCUAUUGGUUAACAUGCAGUUGACUUUGCACGUUGAGAAUCUGGCCUCCUCACCCGACUAUUGGUCACCAGUUGGAACUAGCAAUAUGUGAAUUUGGUUCAAAAGUAGUGUAGCCUACUUUGUUAAUGAAACUGCCAGAACAGUCUUACAACUUGAAAAAAACAAAAAAAACAAAAAAAAAA